AAAAAGAAGAAAUAAAAAAAGCCGAACAAAAUGGCAGAUAUUAUUAAUAUUGAUCAACACGAGACCAUUGAGGAAUUCAAGCAGAAUCUGGAGGAACUUUUGCCUGAUUUGGAUGCCAACAAGGAUGGUUUUAUUGAUCUGCACGAGCUUAAGGAUGCCCUCAAUCAGGUGGGCUUUAAGCUGGCCGGCUAUCAGGUGCGUGAGAUGAUCGAUGAGUUCAAGAACAAACAGCGUACAGCCCAUCAGGGUAAAUUAAAUUUGGAAGAAUUCGAGACACUCUGUUUGGAUUUGAAGAGCAAGGAUGUGGCCAGCACAUUUAAGACCGUUGUAUCGAAAAAAGAAAAUCUGGAGACAUUGGGGGGCAUGUCGAGCAUCUCAUCGGAGGGUACAACACAUUCGGUGCGCUUGGAAGAGCAAUUGGCCUUCUCCGAUUGGAUCAAUUCGAAUUUGGGACACGAUAAGGACUUGCAACAUUUAUUGCCCAUCGAUGCGGAGGGCAAACGUUUGUAUCAAUCCAUUAAGGAUGGCAUCUUGCUGUGCAAGAUUAUCAAUCACUCCUGCCCCGAUACCAUUGAUGAGCGAGCCAUAAAUAAGAAAAACUUAACCGUGUACAGAGAAUUUGAGAAUUUAACAUUGGCUUUGGUGUCGUCGCAAGCAAUCGGUUGCAAUAUUGUUAAUAUUGAUGCCCAUGAUUUGACCAAGGGCAAACCCCAUUUGGUAUUGGGCCUUCUGUGGCAGAUUAUUCGAAUUGGUCUAUUCAGUCACAUUACACUGGACAGCUGUCCGGGCUUGGCUGGCCUCCUGUUUGAUAAUGAGAGGCUCGAGGAUCUUAUGAAAAUGUCCCCAGAGGCCAUACUCCUGCGUUGGGUCAAUCAUCAUUUGGAACGUGCUGGCAUUUCCCGUCGGUGCACCAAUUUCCAAUCAGACAUUGUCGAUUCAGAGAUCUAUUCGCAUCUAUUGAAGCAAAUUGCUGGCAACGAUGCUGAUGUAAAUUUGGAUGCAUUGCGUGAAUCAGAUUUACAACAACGUGCCGAAAUAAUGCUCCAACAGGCGGCCAAAUUGAAUUGCCGUAGCUUCCUUACAUCUCAAGAUGUUGUCAAUGGUGUGUACAAGCUGAAUUUGGCGUUUGUUGCCAAUUUGUUCAAUAAUCAUCCCGGUCUCGAUAAGCCCGAACAAAUUGAGGGUCUUGAAUCCAUUGAGGAGACACGCGAGGAGAAGACCUAUCGCAAUUGGAUGAACUCAAUGGGUGUGGCUCCGCAUGUAAAUUGGCUUUACUCGGAUCUGGCUGAUGGUCUGGUUAUCUUUCAGCUGUUCGAUGUCAUCAAACCGGGCAUUGUCAAUUGGAAUCGUGUCCAUAAGCGUUUCACGCCAUUGCGCAAAUUCAUGGAGAAGCUAGAGAAUUGUAAUUAUGCAGUCGAUUUGGGCAAACAAUUGAAGUUCUCGUUGGUCGGCAUUGCUGGACAGGAUCUAAAUGAUGGCAAUGCCACACUCACAUUGGCUCUUAUUUGGCAAUUGAUGCGUGCCUAUACCUUAUCCAUAUUAUCGCGACUGGCCAAUACGGGUAAUCCCAUUAUCGAAAAGGAAAUCGUACAAUGGGUGAACACACGCCUAUCCGAUGCUGGUAAACAAUCGCAGCUACGUAACUUUAAUGAUCCAGCCAUAGCCGAUGGAAAGAUUGUAAUAGAUUUGAUUGAUAGCAUCAAAGAAGGCAGCAUCAAUUAUGAAUUGGUGCGCACCAGCGGCACUCAGGAGGACAAUUUGGCUAAUGCCAAAUAUGCUAUAUCUAUGGCACGUAAAAUCGGUGCACGAGUCUAUGCUCUGCCAGAGGAUAUAACCGAGGUGAAACCCAAAAUGGUAAUGACUGUCUUUGCCUGCAUGAUGGCCCUGGACUAUGUGCCCAAUAUGGAUAGUGUCGAUCAGAAUAAUCACAACAACAGCAAUUAGAUCAGCUUAAAUCAUACGUAUAUAUAUAUAUAUAUAUAUACAUAUAUAUAUAUAAAAACCAUAUUCACUAUGUAAACGAAACGUACAUAAAGUUAACUGAAAACUAACAACAACAAAAAAAAAAAAACAAACAAAACAUAAAAUUC